UUUUUAUUUGUGGGCCGGGGAAUAAAAAAGGGCAUCCGCUUCACUCCAAUUGUUUACGUACACGAUCGAUAUUUAUAGAAUUAUUACAGGAAAGUCUUCGCGAGAGACAGGCGCGUGAAAAUGGCGAUAUUGUACGCGCUUGUGGCUCGCGGUUCGGUGGUGCUGGCGGAAUACAGCGCUACUUCCACCACGGCGAACGCCAUCGCCAGGCAAAUCAUCGAGAAAAUCCCCGGCAACGAAGAUACAAAUGCCUCGUAUUCGCAGGAUCGAUAUAUUUUCCACGUCAAACGCACCGAUGGUCUCACCGUUCUGUGUAUGGCCGACGACACCGCCGGAAGGAGAAUUCCUUUUGCAUUUCUUGAAGAAAUUCAUCAAAGAUUUGUUAGGACCUACGGCCGAGCUGUAUUGUCUGCUCAAGCAUAUGGGAUGAAUGAUGAAUUUUCUAGGGUCCUCAGUCAGCAGAUAGAGUAUUUCUCAAAUGAUCCAAAUGCUGACCGUAUAAACCGACUCAGAGGUGAAAUGAGCCAGGUGCGAAAUGUCAUGAUUGAGAAUAUUGAUAAAGUUCUGGAAAGAGGUGAUCGGCUUGAACUGUUGGUUGAUAAGACAGCAAAUAUGCAAGGAAACACUUUGCGCUUCAGAAAGCAGGCUCGACGCUUCAGAAACACUGUAUGGUGGAGAAAUGUCAAGCUGACACAUUCUUGUUCUCAGGAAGGUUGCAUUGAUAUUCCUUCUUCUGGUAAUAAUUUAUGUUGUUUUCGCUUUUGUCUGCCAUGGGCCUUUACUCCCAUCAUGUCUAAAGUGAGGCUCUGAUCAAGCGAAAUACGUUUGCCAAUUCUUGGGUUAUUUUUUCGGUGUUGAGUACACUUUUCAUUUAUCUACUUCACAUCUCCCUCAGAGAUGUAACAAUGAACUUUUGCGGUUGUGUUUGGGGGUCUCCUCUUCUCUUAAAAUCUGAGGUGUCCGUGAUUUCCCUUGUCGAAGAUAUUUUUUUUUUUUCCUGUGUGAAGCUCUACCUACAUAUUAUGGAUUUACCAAAAAGGUAGAAUGUGAGAACCAAAAUUGUAUGGUUAUCAUUUGUCGAUAUUUGUGGGUGUAAUUUGAUUAUAUGCUUUGAGGACCGGUGUGCUUUCUUUCAUUCUUUGCUACAAUGUUGUACCAUGUAUUUGAGUGCUCAUUUUGGAAUUUUUGUUUUCUUCUUCUUUUAUUAGUCUUUAAAGUCUGUAAAAUUGUUUCAGUACCACCAUCUACAG